AUGGACGACGCUGUGACAGUGGGCGAAUCCCCGGCGAUGGAUCAGGCCGAGCCCCACGAGCCAGCACUUGCGCCAGCAGACACACUCUCUGCUCCGCCUGUGCGUGUCUUGUGGAAAGGUGCACUUGUCUUGCACGAUGGGACACAACUACCAGGUGCGACGAUCGUGACGACUAUGCGUCCCUGGACACAUUUGCGUGGUGAUCUGCCGGAAGCGCCUGCCACGGAUGAGGCCUUAGAAGCCGAAGCAGAAUUGUGCUUUGCCUUGGAAAUGGUACGUCACCAUCCAUUACGGGUGCUGCCUAGUCAAGCACCUGCACCUGCAUCCAAAGAAGGCGCCUUGGCGUCGCCACAGUACGAAGCGUCCGGCCAGAUCCAAAUGCAUUUAGAGGCAGCGGACGAGGUUACAUGGACCUUUCUUGAGCAUUUCUUCUGCUGGGUCGAAGAGGACAAUGCAACAGAACGUGCUCUUACACUGACUUUCGAUCCAAGCUUAGGCACAUCAGCUAUGUCUCUAUCUACUACGAGAUCUUCGCAAGGCGUCUUUGAGUUUGUACUGUUGGCUCGGCAAUAUACCCCUACGUCGCUUGCGCUAGUAGUGGGCCGACGUAUCCAGCCACGCCGAGAAGAGGUGCCUACACGAGAGGUACGCCCCGAUGACCCACUGCCGCGCGUGAAAGUAGAGGCGGACGCAUGGGACUCGAGUGAAGAAGACACAUCGAUGACCAAAAUGGAUGCCCGUGUCCGACGACGUGGCCAACUAUCGGUGCGCGAGGGCCAUGGCCAUACGCCUGGUCGUCGUGGAGAGAAACGUGCACAACGCGUUUAUACGGAUAAACUUCUUGUAAAGAAAGAGGCACCAAGAAGCCCGCCGAUGUAUACGCCUGCCUCGAAGGAAAAAUGGCGCCCGGUAUCAUCGCCUAUACCCAUCCCUGCUCCAUGCGACGCACAAGCUUCCAUGGAGGUGGACAAUCGUGCAUCUAUCAAACGUCUGGUAAAGUACCAGUUGGCUGGACGUGGUAUGGAUCGUGACCACCCUGAUUAUUCGACGUGCUUUCAAACGGCGUAUGCAGGUACUUGCCUGGUGUUUCCUCUUGACAAAAGCAACGUCGCUCAUGUCAUUACGGCACAUCUUGACAUGUAUGUCAACCCAUCGCACCUUCGCCUAUGUGCACCCAUAUCCACGCCGUAG